CCCUCGCACAUGGUAGACACGCGAAACUCUUCCCUCGUAUGUGCGUUGAGAGUCGCCGGCACGUUUGCGCAGCGCGCCUAUGGCUGCAAUAUACACACCGAAGGUCCAGUUCUCGCGUUCUAGCCCGGCACUCUCCAUUCCGACGCCCAUUUUGCACGACACACUCGUCAAAAUGAAGCGCUAUGUCCAAUUCGCUCAGGUACUACUCAAGUUCAUUGAUACCCGGUCUGCAACCGAGGUACCAUUGCAGUCAGACCACGCGUCUACCGGCCAACCUUCUCCUCCACAUUGUAGGUCGGUAGCAGCAAGCCGAUUCUACUUGCAGACGAUCGACGUUCAACAGGUCCCGCCGGUGAGUAUUUUUCCCCUUCUAGUCUGCUUCCAAAUGCGGCUCAUUCGACCCAGGCCCCUUCUCGCCCAUCUCGCUUGCCGAUACGGCUUCUUCUGUCCAGACCAAAGGCUCCGCUUCAAUCAUUAUUCGCACAAUGCCUCGGGGUGCUUCGCGAUCAUCGCAUCGCCCUCGGCGCAGGGUGAGCAGCCGAUCGCAGGGAAUAAACCUUCCUACGCUGGUUCAAAGCUCCCGCUACGCUCCACAGGUAAUCUUCCUGACAAUCCAUACGUUCGCGCCACUCAGUGGGGAGCACGGCUUCCUGGCCCAGCGUGUCUCGUCUUCCAGUUCCGACAGCCAAUAGAGGUUUAUCGACCCCUUCGCGGAAGACGGGAUGAUCCGCAGGCAGGAUGCACGGAUGGACGCAAUCGGAAAGUGUUUCUCUGUGAACAGGGAGUCCCGGCCCGUUUUACUACCAAAACCGGCGGCACAGCUCGACGCAGAAAGAGCACUCGCAGCAGUAUCGCUUAGAGUCGCACGGCUGGUCUAAGGAUACGCCGUAAGAACGUCGCGACGCAACACUAUGGACGCUAUCGCCACAGGAUCAGAUAGUCGACAUCGAUCUGUUGAAUGAGCCAAC